AUGAACUAUCUUUUAAGACGUGAACGACGUCGAUUAAUUGAAGAUUUAAAUGACUUACAACUUGAAGAAGAUCUUGAAGAACAAUAUGAAUAUUUUAUUUGCUGUCUGAAACAAACAGAAUAUUGUUUAGUAACAUUAACCUAUCAACGUCCGAAUACUCGACGAAAUCAUUUGGAUGAAAUAGAAAUUAUUCAACAUAAUCGAACAGUUUUCAAAGGAUGUUUAGAAUGUGGAGAUCAAUUAACAUUUAAAUCAAAACUUUAUCGACAUGAAUCAAAAGUAAAAUUAAAAUUUUAUAUAAAUGGUCUACUUGAAGAUGAAAUGAUAGCUUGUUGUCAACAUGGAUUAAUUCAUAAAAAUCCACAUAGCUAUUUAUUUCAAAUUGAAGACAUUUUUGGAUCAAAACCAUGUUUCGAGUUAAGAGUAUUCAACUAA